AUGAUUUUGUCAUUUUUCUUGCUUAUUUUCUUGGCUUUCGUGGCCUUCGUCCAAGCAUUAACACCAAACUCAGGCUUCUGCAAAGAUUUUAAUAUUAGGAAGAAGCGCCUUACAAAGAUUGCUGAAAGACAGCAUUUUUAUUAUGAGUAUGAUGAUAAGGCCGUGCCCCCACCAACUGUAGUCAUUGAAAAAUCACUUCCAACGCCUACCACCCCAGUGAAGAAAUUUACGGUUGACCACAUCUUUGAGAUACAAAUUAUCAAAGAUUACUUUAAAAACUUGCUGGAUACCAACAAUGCUGAUGCCAUAGCCUUAUGUGAAAAAAUCGAUAACAGCCCCAAAAUCGGCGACUUCCCAGAACUUCUGGAUGAUCUCAGAAAUUUUAUGAAUGAUGGGAUUAACCUGCGGCUCCUUACAAUAGUGAUUAAUGAUGACAAAGGGAAAAUCUUCGAAGGAAGUGUCAGAAAUGUGAUUCCAGAACACGAAGAAGCGAUAAAAAGUUAUUUUAAGUAUGUCCGAGAAGCAUUUAUUACCACCCGUGAUACAGCGAUCUUGUGGUUGUGUGGAGUUGCAGAUGGUCUUAAUCUCAAGAUUGACGUUGGAACCUCUUUCAGCCAGAAAUCACGCGAUUUUUAUGGGAAAUUGACUGGAGAGACUUUAGAUGAUUUCGCUUGCGUGGAUCUUUCUGGUUCUCCUGAGCCCGUGACUAUACCUGUGUCCUUUGAUGUUACUAUUUCAUCUACUACGGAUGGUGUUAGCACCCUUAAUGUUGAAGAAGUGAAAAAUCUCACUCGAUUCGUUACCUAUUCAGCAGCUGCCUACUGUUCAGACGUGAUCGCUGAUUGGAAAUGCGGAAAAUAUUGUAACGAUAUUCCUGGUACAAAUAUUACGAAAAUUAUUUCAGCAGCAGGUUUAGACACUAUAUUUCAAACUUUUGGAUUUAUUUCCAUCAACAAGAAUAAUCGUGAAAUAGUCAUUACAUUUCGUGGAUCGAUUAACUACUUCAAUUAUCUAGCCGUUGCUAAUGUUGCACUUGUCCCAUACGGCACGGAUCCUUCGAUAAAAGUUCAUGGGGGCUUUCUUGCAUCUUUCAACUCACUGAGAAAACAAAUGCGAGAUGAGAUUACCAAUUUGAUUAAUGUAUAUCAUAGUUAUGAGAUCAUUGUAACGGGACACAGUUUAGGAGGAAACAUGGCCAUACUUGCUGCCCUCGACAUUAAACAACUCCUUAAUGGCACCAACCCUCGUCUCUAUACUUAUGGCUCCUUACGCCCUGGAAAUUCAAACUUUGCAAGUUUUGUGAAUAACAAUCUGGCAUGUUUGACUUAG